CCUGUGCUUCUUCUUCUUCUGUUAUCUCAGGCGAUAGUUUCAAUAACUAUCUCAUCAACAGUUGUAAAAGCUGGUUAGUUUAAAAGGAUAAUAAACUAGAGUCAUUUUGUUAAUAAACUUCUAGCAACACACUGACCAAGAGGAGAGAGUUUUAGAGAGAGAAAGUGUUGGUUUCUGGUUUUGUUUGGUUGUUUGAUUGGAGAGGGUGAGGGAGAGGAAGAGAAAGAGAAAGGAAAGAAGAAGACGGAGGGGAAGGGAAUGCAAUUGGGGAAGUACGAGAUCGGAAGGACACUGGGAGAAGGAAAUUUCGGCAAGGUCAAGUACGCUAAGAACCUAGAUUCAGGCCAAUCAUUCGCUGUUAAAAUCUUGGAAAAGAACAGAAUUCUUGAUCUCAACAUCACCGAUCAGAUUAAGAGAGAGAUUAGCACAUUGAAGCUCCUCAAACAUCCAAACGUCGUCAGAUUAAAUGAGGUCUUGGCAAGCAAAACUAAGAUUUACAUGGUCCUAGAAUAUGUGAUUGGCGGUGAACUGUUCGACAGAAUUGCAUCCAAAGGAAAACUCUCUGAGGCUCGAGGCAGGAAGCUCUUCCAACAGUUAAUUGAUGGAGUUAGUUACUGCCACAACAAGGGCGUUUAUCACCGGGAUCUCAAGCUGGAGAACGUCCUCGUUGAUGCAAAAGGAAACAUAAAGAUAUCUGAUUUUGGCCUCAGUGCAUUACCCCAGCAUUUUAGGGAUGAUGGGUUACUGCAUACCACCUGUGGAAGUCCAAACUAUGUUGCUCCUGAGAUUCUUAACAAUAGGGGAUACGAUGGUGCCACCUCAGAUACUUGGUCGUGUGGCGUCAUCUUGUAUGUAAUUCUCACAGGAUAUCUACCAUUUGACGAUAGAAAUCUUGCAGUUCUCUAUCAAAAGAUUUUCAAGGGGGAUGUUCAGAUACCAAAAUGGCUAACCCCAGGAGCACAAAACUUAAUAAGGAGAAUUCUUGAUCCCAACCCUGUUACAAGGAUAACAAUGGCAGAGAUCAAAGCAGACGAAUGGUUCAAGCAAGACUAUAUUCCUGCCAACCCUGAUGAUGACGAAGAAGAUAUAUACGUAGAUGAUGAAGUUUUGUCGAUACAUGAGAUGGCAUCAGAAGCAGAAAAAAAUUCAAAAUCACCAACACUCAUCAAUGCCUUUCAGCUGAUUGGAAUGUCUUCAUUCCUAGAUCUGUCUGGUUUCUUUGAGAAAGAGGAUAUUUCGGAGAGGAAGAUGAGAUUUACAUCCAACCAUUCCUCAAAAGAAUUGCUUGAGAGGAUUGAGAAUAUUGUAACUCGGAUGGGAUUUCAAGUCCAGAGGAAAAAUAGAAGGCUUAAGGUGAUGAAAGAGCACAAAGGUCAGAAAAGCCUGGGGACUCUUUCCGUUGCAGCAGAAGUGUUUGAGAUAAGCAAAUCAUUGUUUGUUGUUGAAUUAAGAAAAUCAUAUGGAGAUUCUACAGUUUAUAGACAGUUAUGUACAAAGCUAGCAAAUGAUCUGGGUGUCUCAACAAGUCAAGAACAGCUGUUGAGCAUGGAAGCUCGAGUAUCCAGAGACAGUUAGACUAGAAACAGCAACAUAAAUAAGCCUCGUAGAGAAUCUGUAAAAAAGAUCCAUAGGUAGAAAUUUAGUUGUUUUUUUUAUUUAUUUACUUUUGGGUUGGCAAUUCAUUGUUUCAUCUCAGACAUAACUAGUCUGUUUGUAUACCUAAAAUGGGACACAUUCUUUGUUCAAGGUGCAGAGAUGACUAUCGGCUGAACUGUUUCUCUCAGCAGUGACCACACAAGUCUUAGACCACUCGUUAACCACCAUCCUCGACUUGUUUCAAAUGCAAUGAGUUGUUCAUGAAUGGUUCGAGCUCGACUCAUUUGAAUUCGAGCUCAAUUUGUUUAGUAAACGAAACAGUAUUGGACUUGGUUGUUCAUGAAUGUAGGCUCGUGUAGGCUUAUAAAUAUACAUUCAUAAACACAAGCUUCAUAUGUUCAUGAACAUGUGUUGAUGAACAUAGACUUGUAUAGCCCCAGCUAAUUCCAAACUUUUCAAAAUAAUUAAUGACGAGCUGAGCACGUGCUCAUCUUUUCAAGUUUGUAA